AAUUUGCCGAAAAGCACGUACCAACAAUGUUUAACGUCAAAUUAUAUAAUAAAUCAAAUUCUCUACAGAAGACUUAUACAAUUAAGUAUCUUGAAGAAUAUAAGAAUAUGAUAAAUUGGAAAAAGGACUCAACGAUCCUAGACAUUGGUUGUGCCGAUGGGAGUAUGACAUCAAAACUGUUUAAAGAAUUGAUUCCGAAUUGCAAGACCAUGACAGGCUGUGACAUAAAUGAAGAUAUGAUACGAUUUGCAAAUGAACACUAUGCUUCGGAACGCGUUAAUUUUACUACCCUUAACAUAGAGGGAGAGAUACCCGUUCAGCUAAGGGAACAUUUCCAUCAUGCCACUUCCUUUUAUGCCUUAAACUGGUGUCGUCGACAAGAAACUACGUUCCAGAACAUAUACGAUAUCAUCAAGGACCAAGGAAGUUGUUUCGCGAUUGUCGUAGAAAAAUUUUCACUUUUCGAUGCGUACAGGAACCUUGCUAAAACCGAAAAAUGGAAGCAAUGGGUCAUUGACGUUGAAAGAUACACAUCUCCAUAUCAUGACAGCCAAGAUUCCCUUAAAGAAAUGCAACAAUUAUUAGACAAAAUUGGAUUUGCUAUAAAAAAAUUAGAACACAAGGUAAUAGUUCACGACUAUGAAAAACAAGAGAAUAUAAAAGAUGCACUAAUGGCUGUGGUGCCUUUCAAGAUCCCGGAUGAGUUAUAUGACGAUUUUUUUAUGGACUUGAGCCAAGAAAUGCAGAUGUUUGACACCAAAAAGUACAAUUUCAAAAAAUCUACUAAUGAUUAUUUCCUUAACGUGCAAUUACUCGUUUUAUAUGCUGAAAAAAAGUAAUAAUGUCUGAAUACGUAUUUUUAAGCAACAUUAAUUGUUCUGAAAUUGAAAUAUAAAAUAUAAACAUA